AUGUCACACGCACGCGGGACACUGUUCGCACUCGUUGCGCUCUCCACGGCGAUGGUUUGCCUCGGAGAUUCGAGGGCACUGUCGUCGGUGGUUUCGCAGGAGCAGAGCUACUUCUUCGGGACGAAACCAGCGAACAAUCUCCUGUGCUACACGAAGACCAUCUCAAAGACGUCGGCACUGCCCGCCACCGUGACCUACACGAACGGGAACACGAAGAACAUCAACUUCGUCACGAUGAACGCGGACAAGUACUCUCCGUUGGGGUACACGGUGGAUUUGACGAGUGGACAGCUUGGGACGACUGCGAUUAGCUAUAAGCUGAAUGGACCCUCGAUACUUCCGUAUGCGAUUAUCGUCAAUAUGUACUGUGAUCCUUAA